AUGUGCAAGUUCAAUCCCGGGACUCUCUGCGGGCGCACCCAGAACUACUACAUAAUGAACCACCGCAGACCUUUGUAUCUCUGUCCUCAGACUGAACAGCAAAUUCUCCAGGUUGUAAAGGAGAAGCCCACUAUCUCAAAGCAGGAGAUAGCCAAAGAAUGCGGCUUUGACUUUGACUGCUAUUGGGGUAUGAAGUUUGAAUAUGCCCUCAAGAAGCUCUUCUCAAAGAAUAGGGCUACGGACUCAGAGUUGCUCACUGACCUUCACGUAGACAUGUCGGAGCGAUUCUAUGGGUUACAUCGAUUGAUCCUUCACUCAUACCAACCACUAUCGACCAUCCGUGAUGGUAGACUUGUGAUGCUUCGCAACGACAGUUACACUCAUGGUAGCAAGUCAAUUGCAGCAGAGCGAGAAGCAAAGGAAGAUGGUUUGGACCUCGUUCCGCAUAUCAAAGCUCACAACAAGCUCCGUGACUCCUGUAUACUUUACUAUGAUUGA